AUGGAGUCUGAGAUGCUGCAGUCGCCUCUUCUGGGGCUUGGGGAGGAGGAUGAGUCUGACCUGACUGACUGGAACUUGCCUCUGGCCUUCAUGAAGAAAAGGCAUUGUGAGAAGAUCGAAGGCUCCAAGUCUUUGGCUCAGAGCUGGAGGAUGAAGGACCGGAUGAAGACUGUUAGUGUUGCCUUAGUUUUGUGCCUAAAUGUCGGUGUGGACCCUCCUGAUGUGGUGAAAACAACUCCCUGUGCCCGUCUGGAGUGCUGGAUUGAUCCUCUGUCAAUGGGUCCUCAAAAAGCUCUGGAAACCAUUGGUGCAAAUUUACAGAAGCAGUAUGAAAACUGGCAGCCAAGAGCCAGGUACAAGCAGAGUCUUGAUCCUACGGUGGAUGAAGUUAAGAAACUGUGUACAUCUCUGCGUCGAAAGCGGGUUCUUUUCCACUACAAUGGACAUGGCGUCCCCAGGCCAACAGUAAAUGGGGAGAUCUGGGUCUUCAAUAAGAACUAUACUCAGUAUAUUCCCCUGUCCAUAUAUGACCUGCAGACUUGGAUGGGCAGUCCUUCCAUUUUCGUCUAUGAUUGCUCUAACGCUGGCCUUAUUGUCAAGUCAUUCAAACAGUUUGCACUACAGAGGGAGCAGGAGUUGGAGGUAGCUGCAAUUAACCCAAACCAUCCACUUGCUCAAAUGCCUUUGCCUCCCUCGAUGAAGAACUGCAUUCAGCUGGCAGCCUGUGAAGCCAAUGAAUUGCUACCCAUGAUCCCUGAUCUGCCAGCUGACCUUUUCACAUCAUGCCUUACUACGCCGAUCAAAAUUGCUCUGAGAUGGUGA